UCUGCUGUCUGCUAUGGCGACUGCUGGUCUAAGAAAGGAGCUUGAAUGUUCCAUCUGUCUGAACCUUUAUACAAAUCCUGUAACCCUGAGAUGUGGACACAACUUCUGCCAGGUCUGUAUAGAUCAGGUCCUAAAUACACAGGAGGAGCCUGGGGUUUAUUUCUGUCCUGAAUGCAGAGCAGAGUUUCCGGAGCGGCCUGCACUGCAGAGGAACAUAACUUUAUGUAACAUAGUAGAGAAUUUCCUGUCUACUCAGCCGCAUCAGGAGGAGGUCACCGGGAUCUGCUGUACUUACUGUAUUCACUCUCCUGUAUCUGCUGUUAAAUCCUGUCUACACUGUGAGGCUUCUCUGUGUGAUAAUCACCUGAGAGUUCACAGCAAGUCAGCAGAACACGUCCUAACUGAGCCCAGCACUUCUCUGGAGAGCAGGAAAUGUUCUGUCCAUAAGAAGAUCCUGGAAUAUUACUGCACUGAGGAUGCGGCUUGUAUCUGUGUGUCUUGCAGUUUGGCUGGAGAACACCGGGGACACCGGGUGGAGAUGCUGGGUGAGGCCUCUCAGAAGAAGAAGGAGAAAUUGAGAAAUCUUCUACAGAAACUCAUCACAGACAGAAUGAAAACUGAUGAAACAGUUAAAAGUCUGGAGGAGCACAGGGGAAAAGCCCUAGCAAAAGCAGCUGGAGAAGAAAAAAGAGUCAUGGCCCUGUUUAAAGGUAUCAGGGGACAGCUGGAUGACCUGGAGAAGAAGGUCCUGAGUGACAUUUCCAGGCAGGAAGAACAGGUCUCACUGUCACUGUCUGAUAUGAUCGAGAAGCUGGGAAUAAAGAAGGACGAGCUGUCCAGGAAGAUGAGACACAUUGAGGAGCUGUGUAACAUGACUGAUCCACUGACUGUCUUACAGGAACCAGACACAGAUGACUUGUGUGAUCCUGAUGAGAACAUAGGGGGAAAUAAGACACAUGAUGUAGAUGUGGCUGUAAUUACAGAUAUUUUACAUGCAGGGAUAUCUGAUAUAAUCACAUAUCUGCAGACCAUCUCACCUAAAAAUCCAAAAGAAAUGAGUCCACAACCCCACAUGUUCCAAUCUCUGCCCAAACAUGCAGAAACUGCAGCUCCAAAGCCGAUUCAGCAAGUAAUGCUCCAAAAGCCUUACACUUUAAACCAAGCUCUUCGCAGACACCAUUUACAAAGCCCUAACUCCCCUUCAGGGCGGUGGGGGGGGAGUUCUGUCAUACUGUCACGGACGUCCCCUUGGCAGGUACCAGGCGAUCAGAGAGAUUGGCAACAUGUGGGUUAAAUUGACAAGUUCCUUGUGGAUCUUAUUGUGUCUGUGUUUUGGUGAAUGCCACAUCCCUUGCUUCAGGUGUUGCUUGUUGGUAAUUUACCUUCCCCAUAAGUAGCCGCCUCUCACUCUUGGAGGUACGGUUUAUAGGUUUUCUUCCUAUCUUCUUACUAGCUGGUCAGUUGUACUCUGUGGUGCUUCUGGAGUUGCCAGUUUUCUACUUUAAGCUAAGUCUUGUCUUUUCUUAUUGUAUUGUGUUUGUUAUAUUCCCUGUUUGUAUCUGGGCCUGAG